GCUGACAGGUUGCUUAGGCGGUGAAGCUUUAAUUACCCUUUGUUUAUUUUCGGGGUGCGCCAGCUUUUUCUGUUUUUUCUGUUUUCCGUUUUUUUUCUUUUUGUAGGGUAAUGUUUUGGAGGAGAAGAGAGUGGCACAGAAUAGAGGCGGAUUGUAGAGGUUGUAUUCAGGCUCGGGAGGUGCUGGUGGAGGGGGAGAAGUAGCGGCACGAUGAAGGGUUUUGGGAGUCUUGGGAAGUUGAAGAAGCAGGGAAGUGGGACGGUGGAUCUUAGCGGUAUUGGAACCGGCAAUUGCAACGGCAACUACGGCGGCAAUGGUCCGUCGGUGCUUGUAGAUGUAGCUGUGGCUGACUCUCCGAAGGUUGAGAAAGCAAAGAAGGCGCCCAGGGAUGAGAGUUCUAAGAAGCAAGGUUUAAUGUCAAAAAUUACGAGUAGGGCUAGUUUAAAGUUGAAGAAAACUAAGUCGGGAACUGGUCCGCCUGCAUUGCGCGUCUCCAAGUCCGAGCAGGAGUUGGCGAGAGUUUUCAAAGUCUACGACGCUGACCAUGAUGGAAAAAUUUCGUUAGUGGAACUUAGAGCUGUGCUGACUACUCUUGGCGGUGCUAUUUCAGAGGAGGAGGGUGUCCAACUCAUGAAAGAUAUUGAUACGAAUAAUGAUGGAUUUAUCAGUUUGGCGGAGUUUGUUGCAUUUCACGUAUCUAUCAAGGGUGGAAUUGUCGGUGGCGAUAUUUCUUCCGUAGAUGAUCCCUUGAGAGAUGCAUUUCAAGUGUUCGAUAAGGAUGGAGACAAGCGCAUAUCUGCUGAUGAUCUGCAGUCUGUCCUGGUUAGUCUUGGAGAUAAAGGUCAUUCACUUGAAGAUUGCCGUCAGAUGAUCAACAACGUGGACAAAGAUGGGGAUGGCUAUGUGGACUUUGAAGAAUUUCAAGAAUUAAUGGUUGGCUCAUAGAUAGGAAUUUGCAUAGAAGUCGAAUGAUCCGCGGGUGUUGAUUUUUGACGGCAUGUAGUUCGCUUGUGUGCUAUUGAAAGUUCCGUUUGGACAUUCGCAUGUGCCCAGAUGUAAAGUUCAUUCAUGACAUUUCCUUUCCCUACUCAACCGCUCCCCCGCAUUUUCAGUCCCUGGCGAUCUUCUCGAGGUGAACAGAAUUCUGGGGUUCAUAGAAUGUCAGCGAAUCUGUCUUUUGGAAAAUUUUCAGAACUGCUGUGACAGGAUUGACAAAGUAACUGUCUUCUUCUAGUGAUUGCACCAUAGAGCAAGCGACACGCCCACGGUGCAUACUGUAGCAGACGAUUUCGGCAGAGUAGCAAGAAAUAGCUCUGCAUGUGUAUUUGUAAUUGCUGAAAUGAAGCAGUACUCAAAUAGCCGGUCUCUGGAUUUUGUGCUAUUUUCUUUUCUGAUAA